AUGAAACCAAUUUACAUCUCCUCCGCCUCUGCGCUGCGUCAAGAGCCUUACGUCCUCGAGACGACCGUCUCUGGCUUCUCUAAGAAACCUAUCGUGUCCAUGAAGACAGUCGCUGUGAUCACCAAAGCGAAAGGCGCGAACGGCUACUCGUGGGACGACCGAGGAAGAGGGUUUGUAGAAGUGAGAGACUUUGGAGUUCCUGAUACUGCAAAGUCCAUUUCUUGGUGUGGUGACAACAUUUGCUUAGGGAUUAGGAAAGAGUAUGUGAUACUUAACACUGCUAAUGGGACACUCUCUGAGGUGUUUCCUUCUGGUAGAGUUUCUCCUCCUCUUGUGACUUCUCUACCUUCUGGUGACCUUCUCUUGGGGAAGAACAUUGGAGUUUUUGUUGAUCAAAACGGGAAGCUACUUCAGACGGAGAGGAUUUGCUGGUCAGAGGCUCCAACGGCUAUUGUCAUUCAGAACCCGUAUGCAAUAGCCUUGUUACCUAGACGAGUUGAGGUAUUGUCAUGGCAGAUUGUGCAGUUAACAGCUUCAGGAAACUUUGAGGAAGCCAUAGCUCUAUGCAAGUUACUCCCUCCUGAAGACUCAAGCCUAAGAGCCGCGAAAGAGAGUUCGAUUCAUACAAGAUUCGCUCAUUAUCUUUUUGAGAACGGGAGCUAUGAGGAAGCCAUGGAACACAUCCUAGCAUCUCAAGUAGACAUCACACAUGUACUUUCCAUGUAUCCAUCCAUUAUUCUUCCUAAAACAACAAUUAUUCCUCAACCAGAUAAGAUGGUGGAUGAAGCUUCUCUUUCUAGAGGCUCAUCCGGCAUUUCAGAUGAUAUGGAGUCUUCGUCUCCAUGAUAUUACUUGGAAUCUGAAGGCAAUGCAGCUCUUGAAUCUAAGAAAAUGAGCCACAACACUCUGAUGGCUCUUGUAAAGUACUUGUAGAAGAGGAGACCUGGUAUUAUAGAGAAGGCUACUUCUGAAGGAACAGAAGAGGUCAUUUCAGAUGCUGUUGGCAAGUCUAUGAAGUCCAACAAGGGACGUGGUGUGAUCCUCCCACUUAACUCAGGUGCCAGGGAGAUGGCAGCGAUCCUUGACACAGCUCUUCUCCAAGCACUUCUUCACACUGGCCAGUCCGGAGCUGCUGUAGAUUUAUUAAAAGGUGUCAACUACUGUGAUGUAAAAAUUUGUGAGGAGAUUCUCAUGAAAAGUAAAAAUUACUCUGCACUGUUGGAAUUGUUCAAGAGCAAUUCGAUGCACCAUGAAGCCCUUAAGAUUCUUAAACAGCUCUUGGAAGAUUCCAAAUCAAACCAGUCAAAAACUGAUGUUACGGAGCUGUUUAGUCCUGAGUUGAUCAUUGAAUAUCUCAAGCCUCUCUGCAGGAUUGAUCCAAUGCUUGUCCUGGAAAGCUGUCCGACACAAACCAUUGACUUGUUUUUAUCCGGAAACAUCUCUGCAGACCUUGUCAAUUCUUAUCUGAAGCAGCAUGCUCCGAACAUGCAGGGUAGAUAUUUAGAACUUAUGAUGGCGAUGAAUGAAACCGCAGUUUCAGGGAAUCUCCAAAACGAGAUGGUACAAAUCUACCUUUCAGAAGUGCUUAAUUUGCAUGCUGCUCAAAGCGCGCAGCAGAAAUGGGAUGACAAGGAUCAUCCUCCUGAAAGGAAAAAGCUAUUGUCUGCGUUAGAGAGCAUACCAGGGUAGACUUUGUUGAAGCGUCUUCCACGUGAUGCUCUCUAUGAAGAGCGUGCUGUUAUAUUGGGGAAAAUGAAUCAACAUGAGCUUGCUUUGUCGAUCUAUGUUCAUAAGUUUUAUGCACCUGAUCUGGCGCUGGCUUACUGUGAUCGUAUACAUGAGUCCAUAUCUUAUCUACCAUCUGGAAAACCGUCGAGCAACAUCUACCUCACACUACUUCAAAUAUACCUGAAUCCUAAGAAAAGCGCAAAGGACUUUGCAAAACGUAUUGUAGCUCUAGGAUCAUUCAAACUUGGAGGUGAAAGAAGAAGUGUACAAACAUAGGAAGGGAGUGGCGCAAGUAACAAGCGAGAGCAUGUGUUCAUUGUGCAAUAAGAAGGUUGGGAACAAGCGUCUUUGCUGUUUAUCCCAACGGGAAACGUUAGUCCACUUUGUCUGCUUCAAAGAUUCUCAAGGCAUGAAAGCUGUUGUUUCUAAGACACCACGUGGAAGAAGACGAUGACAUGAUCAUUACCGUAACAUAACACAGGUUUAGGGCACUAAACCAUCUUUCUUUUGACAACUCUAUCGGUUUGCAGAAAAUGAUGAUUGAUACUCUUGAGAAACAGUUGCUCUUGUUGUAAAAAUCACUUUGAAUGAGAUUAAUUUAUAAAAGAAAGAUGUUUGAUUGGUA